GUACAUUAGGACAAAAUACACGUAUAGUCGUCCUUACACUCAAAGUCAGAGCGGCGAACCAUGGCGGCACAUUUGAAGAAGCAACUCAAAGAGGCGGUGAAGAUCAUUGGCUCAGGUAGCUUCCUCUUUGCCUCCUACCUCACACUGGUGGGAGAUGAGAAUUUCUAUGCCCACCAGCUAAUGCCCCUACUCCAAAAAGUAGUGGAGGCAGAGACGGCGCACGUUCUAGCGGUAAAAAUGAUUAGUCUGGGUUUGGUCCCUAUCAAUCGCUAUAAGGACCCCGACUCACUGGGUGUUAACGUUCUCGGACUAAAGUUCAAAAACCCCAUCGGGAUCGCUGCAGGCUUCGACAAGCACGGAGAAGCGGUGGACGGUUUGUACAAGAUGGGCUUCGGCUUUGUAGAAGUUGGGACCAUCACUCCCAAACCUCAAGAAGGCAAUCCCAAGCCACGCGUGUUCAGACUGGCAGCAGACCACGCCAUCAUUAACAGAUAUGGUUUCAACAGUUGCGGUGUGAUAGAAGCACAGCACAGGUUAAAGAUCCGGGAGGCAGCUCAGCUGGAACAAACCAAAGCCGGAUGUCCCCUGGGUAUCAACCUAGGGAAGAACAAGCAGUCCCACAAUGCAAGGGCAGAUUACCUGGCGGGGAUGAGAGUGCUGGGUCCGCUGGCUGAUUACCUUGUGGUCAAUGUCAGCAGUCCCAAUACGCCGGGUCUCCGUGACCUACAAGGCAAAGCUGAGCUCCGUCGGCUCCUAUAUACGGUGUUAAAGGAGCGGGAUGAGAUGCCGGGAGGACAUAAGCCCCCGAUCCUGGUCAAGAUCGCACCUGACCUCACUGCGCAGGAUAAACAGGACAUUGCUGAUGUCAUUACUGAGCUCGGAGUAGAUGGCCUAAUGGUAUCCAACACCACUGUGUCUCGACCAGACAUGCUCCAAGAUCCUCAAAGGUGUGAGGCCGGUGGCCUGAGUGGGCAGCCUCUCAAAGAAAUCUCCACAAACACCGUCAGAGAAAUGUACAGCCUCACUAAAGGCAAAGUGACAAUCAUUGGGAUUGGCGGUGUAGCCAGCGGAAAAGACGCCAUGGAUAAAAUCUGUGCUGGUGCAUCAUUAGUUCAGCUAUACACGGCUUUAGCCUACCAGGGCCCGCCUGUAGUCAACAAGAUAAAACGGGAAUUGGAACAGCUUCUGAAAGAACAAGGAUUUUGCAGUGUUUCUGAGGCCAUCGGUGCAGACCACAGGGGAUUGAAUAUCUCGACCCGGUUGUAAAUGCAAGCUGAUACUGUAUUUUCUCAAAGUCUGCAGCAGUAUUUCCUCCAGAUGGGCAGAAGUUAAAUCUUUUGUUACAGUGUAACAGCAGUUAGCACAAUGCUUCAGCAUUUAUUUAUUUAAUUUUUUUUUAACAAUAUUGUACACAAUUGGACAUUCCGUCUCCCUUGUGCCUUGUAAACAUCCAUACAACACACAAUUUAUAUACUCUUGCUCUAGGUCAUGGAAUAGCUCAGGAGACUUUGGGUAAUCGGUGCAAUAAAGCCCAUCCAUUACAGUCUUUAUACCUUGAGUCAGGAAAGCCACUUGCAUUUGUGUUUGUUUGUUUGUUUAAUAUUUGAGCAAAAACUCAUGAUGGAAAAUAACAAAUUGCAUUUCCUAUCGUUAGUGUUCGGUUGAUUCUGUUUUUUAUGGCCCUCUGAAAAAGGUUCGCCAUUUAGCAUUGAUUGAUGGAUAACUCGCCAUGCACUCAUGAUUUUUAAAAAAAAAUUUUAUUGAAUGACACAGCAGGUAAUAACCCGAUAUAAACAUAAAUGCAUCGGUAAAUGUAUAAUGUACAAAACAACAACAUAAGCAUUACUUCUUCAUCUUAAUAACGUUAUCAGUGGUAAUAUUAAUCAUGAUAAACAUAUGGUAUUUUACAGUGGGGUCAUGCUGGUGACGAAUGCUGUGAUUCCAUUGCAAUCAAGCAACGGCGUGUUUUUUUAUCCGUCACCGAAAUUGUCACACUUCAGUGGCGACCUCACUCCAUCCUAAGGUAAAUCCGACAGUUAGUGUAACUGAGUAUUUUUUUUCGUGUGUGUAACAUCAAUUUUUGUGUAUUUUGAUAAAUCCAUAAUCUACUUUUAAUCCAAGUAAAUUUUGUUGAAAUUAACUCAAAUUCAUUUGAAAAUGAUUCCAUAACAAACUAUAAAUAAAUAAAAAGAAGUCAACUUAGUCAUGAAAGGCAUCUUGCAGUAGUCAUGAAAGGCAUUAUUGGUUAAACUGCCUGUGCUUGAUCAGUUGUAACAAAGACUAGGACCCACUGCGGCCCUUGAGGAGCGUUUUGCCCACCCCGAUAUAAAAUAAUACUUUAAUAUAAGCAGUGUAAGUACACAUUUCUUUAAAAAUUGCUCUAAAUGCUUUAUUAAUUUAAUUAAAUACGAAUGUAUUAAAAACCAAAAGCUAAAUGCAGCUCAGUUGCACAAAGGCAGGGACUCUUUUUGCAUACCACCAGAGGGACCCCACAUAUUAUUUGUGCAACACUUGGGAAAAUCACUAGUUUAUGAAAAUCGCAAAAUCUGUGGUGGCUUUUGGCUAUGGGUGUUUGACAAAUGUUGGUCCACAUGUAAUACCUCUGUUUUAAAUGGAAGAGUUUAUGUAUAUAUAUAUAUAUAUAUAUAUAUAUAUAUAUAUAUAUAUAUAUAUAUAUAUAGUGCUCUUACAGCAGGCCAACUGUCUAACAUGAAAAUAAAAGACCAUUACCAUACUAAAAACCUGUUGAUGUGUACAAAUGCAAAGUAAAGCAAUUUGACUUUCAUAGUGCUUUCUCUGUAGAUGUGUACAAAUGCAAAGUAAAGCAACUUUACUUUCAUAGUGCUUUUUACAACAGUCAAAAACUCAACUUUGGUCGAAAAAUGAUUCCUCUUCUGUGGUUCUUUACUGUUUGUAUCA